GAUUUCUGUAUCACUGAUGGGAGGGUAAAAAGAACAUGCAGUGUGGAAGAAUGUGUGAUCCCUCGUGAGGACGAAAUCUAGAGGUGGAGGCGAAGGCAGAAAUGGCCGGUUCUCAGGGACUGCUGACCUUCAGCGAUGUGGCCAUAGAAUUCUCUGAGGAAGAGUGGAGACGCCUGACCCACAGUCAGCGGCAACUGUACCUGGAUGUGAUGUUGGAGAACUAUGGACACCUCCUCUUCUUGGGUCUCCUUCUGUCAAAGCCAGAUCUGAUUAUAUAUUUGGAGCAAGAGAAGGUGCUCUGGGAUGUGAAGAGAAAGGAGACCGGAGGCUUCCAUCCAGCUCUGUCUUCACAUGAGACCCCGAGUUUCCUGCUACAGCAGAGCAUAGAGGGUUCUUUCCAGAACGGGUCAACGCACAGAUACAAAGAUAGUUCUCUUGAGAUACUACACUUAUGCACAGACUGUGAUAGUGAUGGGGAGAAUGAAGGGCCUCAAAGAAAUCCUGGACGAUACACCCAAACCAAGGCAAUUGCCCACAAUGAGAAUCUCACUGCCUCAAAUGGUGAAGGACAUAAAAUGCGGUGGAAGACCUCCCUUUUUAAGUCAACUGUUUCUGCAGAGCAGUGGGUCUCUGUAAGCACAAACUCCAAUCAGAUAGUCAACCAUAGCAAUUUGUGGACAGGCUAUUUGGAACAUCUGGAAAGUAAUGGAGUCCAUGCUGAGAAUAAUGAUUUGAGCCAUUUGGAAGAUAGGACUGGCCUGACCUUAAAUCAGAGAUUUAGAAAUGAAGAACAAAGUGCUCAGUGGGAUCCAUAUAAGAGGAACUUCACUGAGGAGUUGACCCUACAGUAUGACCAGAAGUUUUUUACUGGAGACAAAAUUCCUCAAUGCACUGAAUCUGAGAAAACAUUGAACCAGGCUUCCAGUGUUCACCCGUGUGUCAGGGCUAGGUUUGCAGAGAACCAUUAUGAAUGUGAUAAAUGUGGGGAAGGCUUUCAUCCAAGCUCUAACCAUUUGGGAGAUAGUCCUCAUAAAUACAAUGAAUGUGGGAAAGCUUGUAACCAGUACUCCAGUGUUGGUGAUCAUCAGAGAAUUCAUGAGGGUAAAAGCCCAUUCACAUCUAAUAAAUCAGGGACCAUAAUUAGUCAGUCAUCAAACAUAAACUUCAAUGAGAUAAUCCCUUGGGGAAAGGAAACUUACAUUUUUAAGGAAUGUGGUAAAUCCUUUGACUGCCACUCAACACUGUCUCAACAUCAGCAAGUGCAUACUGGAGAAAAAGUAUACAAAUACGAAGAAGGCAAUCAAAGUUUUAAGGACUGUUCAUCAAUAAGUGGACAUAUGCAGAUCUGUUCUGGAGAGAAAAACUGCAAAUGUCAAGAAUGUGGCAAGACUUUCAACGAUCAUUUAAGUCUUAAUAGACAUCACCAAAUUCAUAUUGCAGGGAAAAAUUACAACUGUAAUGAACGUGCCAAAGCCUUUACAUCAUGCUCAAAACUUACUCAACAUCAGAGAAUUCAUACUGGAGAGAAACCUUACCAAUGUCCAAAAUGUGGAAGGAGCUUUAACCACAGGUCAGCCCUUAUUAUACAUCACAGAAUUCAUACUGGAGAGAAACCUUACCAAUGUCAAAAAUGUGGCAAGGCUUUUAAACGCCUAUCACACCUUUCUCAACAUCAUAGAGUUCAUACUGGAAAAAAACCUUACCAAUGUCAGGAAUGUGGCAAGGCCUUUACCUGGAGGUCAAAUCUUUCUCGGCAUCACAAAAUUCAUACUGCAGAGAAAACUUACCAAUGUCAAGAAUGUGGCAAGUCCUUUAAGUGGAGGUCACAUCUUUAUCAACAUCACAAUAUUCAUAAUGCAGAGAAACCUUACCAUUGCCUAGAAUGUGGCAAGGCCUUUAACUGGAGGUCAGGUCUUGCUGAGCAUAAAAGAACUCAUUGUGGAGAAAAUUCAUACCAAUGUGAAGAAUGUGGCAAGCCCUUUAAGGACAGUACAACUCUUAUUGAGCAUUACAGAACUCAUACUGGACAGAAACCUUACCGAUGUCAAAAAUGUGGCAAAGGCUUUAAUUGGAAGUCAUCCAUUAUUCAACAUUAUAGAUCUCAUACUGGAGAAAAACCUUACCAAUGUCAAAAAUGUGGCAAGUGCUUUAACCGGAGGUCAUCUCUUAUUAAACAUCAUAGAAUUCAUACUGGAGAGAAACCUUACCAAUGUCAAAAAUGUGGCAAGGCCUUUUGUUACAGCUCAUCUCUUAAUCAACAUUAUAGAACUCAUACUGGAGAGAAACCUUACCAAUGUCAAGAAUGUGGUAAGGCCUAUGCUGUCCCUUCACAACUUACUAAACAUCACCGAAUUCAUAGUGUAGAGAAACCUUACCAAUGUCAAGAAUGUGGCAUGGCCUUUAUCUACAGCUCAGCCCUUAUACGACAUCACAUAACGCAUAGUGGAGAGAAACCUUACCAAUGUCAUGAAUGUGGCAAGAGCUUUAAAUGGAGUUCAUACCUUAUUCAACAUCACAGAACUCAUACUGGAGAGAAACCUUACCAAUGUGAGGAAUGUGGCAAGGCCUUUACCUGGAGCUCAGGCCUUACUCAACAUUCCAGAAUUCAUACUGGAGAGAAACCUGGCAAAUGUCAUGAAUGUGGCAAGGCCUUUAACCAGAGGUCAAGUGUCACUGAGCAUCAGAGAGUUCAUCCUGGAGAGAAACCUUACCAACGUCAAGAAUGUUGUUAG